AUGGCCGAACCCCCAAAUGAUGACAAUAUGCACUCUAUGCCUUUGAUGCAUGGCACUUUUUGGGUUCAGUUACACGGUGUUCCUAGCUUCUAUAUGACAAUUUUUGUUGCUCAGGCUAUUGGUGCUAUGUUAGGGGAUGCUAUUCGGGUAGAUAAUCGUGAUGGAUCCGAUUGUGAAGGUCAUUUUAUUCUCAUCCAUGUGCGAUUUGAUGUCACUUUACCUCUCAUUAGUCAAGCACCAGUCACUUUUCCAAAGGUUGGGGAGAAAAUGGUGGAGUUCAUAUAUGAGUAUCUUCCUAAAUAUUGCUUUGCUUGCAGGCAGCUCGGCCAUUCUACUUAG